GUCUCACAAAACGCAGAAACUGCGUACGUCACGUCCACGCAAAGUUACGGUGACGUAGUACGCAAGUGUCCGCAGCUCAAGGCCUGCCAGUGGACGGAAGCACACAGUGAUCGCAGAGCUUGUGUCUUCAAGUGGAAAACAAGACGAAUACAACAUACUGCUGUGCUCGGUGUGAAGACACGCGUCCUUUUAUGAAUCUGCGCUUGAAUUAUCUGUCUAUCUUUUGAGAGAUUUUGAAGGUGAAGUUUUUCUUGAAUGCCCAAGACACAGUCAGUACGGUUUUCAACAUGAACAGGAAUAAGCGUGAGAAAGAAUAUUACAGCAUAGAUGUAGGAGAUUCAACGUUCACCGUUUUGAAGCGCUAUCAGAAUUUAAGACCAAUCGGGUCUGGAGCACAAGGCAUCGUCUGCUCUGCAUAUGACCACGUCCUUGAACGAAAUGUUGCAAUUAAGAAACUUAGCCGACCCUUUCAGAACCAAACCCAUGCCAAACGGGCCUACAGAGAACUGGUCCUGAUGAAAUGUGUCAACCACAAAAACAUAAUUGGCUUGUUAAAUGUGUUCACGCCACAGAAGACACUUGAAGAAUUCCAGGAUGUUUAUCUGGUGAUGGAGCUGAUGGAUGCGAACCUGUGCCAGGUCAUCCAGAUGGAGCUGGACCACGAGAGACUCUCCUACCUGCUUUAUCAGAUGCUCUGCGGCAUCAAACACCUGCAUGCUGCCGGCAUCAUACACCGGGAUCUGAAACCCAGUAACAUAGUAGUGAAAUCCGACUGUACGCUGAAGAUCCUCGACUUCGGCCUGGCCCGGACGGCCGCCACCGGCCUCCUCAUGACCCCUUACGUGGUGACGCGCUACUAUCGUGCCCCGGAGGUCAUUCUGGGCAUGGGUUACCAAGCCAAUGUUGAUGUCUGGUCUGUUGGCUGCAUCAUGGCUGAAAUGGUCAGAGGUAGUGUGUUGUUUCCCGGCACAGACCAUAUCGACCAGUGGAACAAGGUGAUCGAGCAGCUGGGCACACCGUCUCAGGAGUUCAUGAUGAAGCUCAACCAGUCUGUGAGGACUUAUGUGGAGAACAGACCUCGCUAUGCCGGAUACAGCUUUGAGAAGCUCUUCCCUGACGUGCUCUUCCCCGCGGACUCGGACCACAACAAACUGAAAGCGAGCCAGGCGCGAGACUUGUUAUCCAAAAUGCUGGUAAUAGAUGCGUCGAAGCGAAUCUCAGUGGACGAGGCCCUCCAGCACCCCUACAUCAACGUGUGGUACGAUCCGUCGGAGGUGGAAGCGCCGCCACCGGCGAUCAUGGAUAAACAGCUAGAUGAGAGAGAACACACAGUGGAAGAGUGGAAAGAGCUGAUAUAUAAGGAAGUGCUGGACUGGGAGGAGCGAACGAAAAACGGGGUGAUCCGAGGACAGCCGGCCUCACUAGCACAGGUGCAGCAGUGAGCAAUGACUCCCACGAGCCCUCGACGACGUCCUCCUCCUCCACAAACGACGUCUCGUCCAUGUCCACCGACCCCACCCUGACCUCGGACACAGACAGCAGUCAGGAGGCGUCCACGGGACCGCUGGGCUGCUGCAGAUGACUAUCCUCGUUCAUCCAGUUCCUGCUACCAUCCGUCUUCACUGGCACAACAACGUUCAUGCCAGUUUGGAAACGUGUCCUCCUUUCUUUCUCAAACUGACAAGUUCUUUUGAAUUGAAAAAGUUUUAAGAACGGAGGUAAGAGUUUUUGAGGGCAUCUUAAAAGCUUUUACACCAAACCAGCGUUACUUUGAUUGCUUUCAUUUUGUUUUUGUACUUUAAUUUUGCAUCAGAUUGAAGCUAGCGCUACGUCAUCUUGCCAUUUGGAUGUGGAAUGAUUUGAGUUUAUUUGUAAAGAUGGACGGUGAAUAUAUUUUUGAGAUGUUUUAUUUUUUAAGAGUCAUUUUAAUCACUAAUUAGUGGAGGUUCAUUAAAUGGCACAUCCAUUUCCUGGAUAAAUGAGUGUUUCCACAUUGUUACUACUGUUUGGGAGUCGGUGGUGUGUAAAUGCAUCUGAUCGCAGUUUGUUCGGCUGCAUUUUGUUUUGGUCUAAGAGGCAGAGAUGGUUUUAAUAUGACCUGUGUACCUAAAACACAUGUUUGGUUGAAAGUUUUAUUUGGUUUGGUUUUACAAAAACACAUUUUAAAGCUCUUUUAGGGUCUGUAAAAUACUCUUUCUAAUUUCAGUGCACAAGAUUUACUUUACACGCUAAAAAAUGCUGGGUCGAAAAUGGACAAACCCAGUGAUUGGGUUGUUUUAACCCAGCGGUUGGGUUAAAUGUUUGCCCAGCUUGUUGGGUAGGUUUAUUAAACUUACUAAAAUUACUAUAUGGCUGACUUAAAAUGAACCAAAAUAGGUUGGAAAUUAAAAAUCAGACACACAAUUUCUAGAGUCAAAAAUAAUAAUCAAAAGGUGAACAUUUAUUAAUAAACAAAUAUUGUUUAAUUAUUACUCAUUAAAUGUUCACUUAUUACACAGCAAAAUCCCCAGAGUUAAAUCAACUCAGAGUACAUAUGGUCCCUCUCUAAAUAGUGUUAAAAUAACACUGAAGCAGAGUUAAAGUUAAUGAGAUAAUUAAGCAAUUAAUUAAGUGAUGAUUGUGCAGUAGUGAUGAACACCUGCUGUUAACAAGCAGAAUCACUGAAGAAAAGAGAAACGCAUGAACUACAACUGACUUCAGUCACAGCCUUAUUAAUUUCUUAAUUAUCUCAUUAACUUUAACUCUGCAAAUAACACUGAAGCAGAGUUAAAGUUAAUUAAGCAAUUAAGUGAUGAUUGUGCAUUAGUGAUGAACGCCUGCUGUUAACAAGCAGAAUCACUGAAGAAAAGAGAAACGCAUGAACUACAACUGACUUCAGUCACAGCCUUAUUAAUUGCUUAAUUAUCUCAUUAACUUUAACUCUGCUUCAGUGUUAUUUUAACACUAUUUAGAGAGGGACCAUAUGUACUCUUAGCAGAGUUGAUUUAAUCAAUGUCAAUUUCCAACAUACUUUGGGUUCAUAGCGAGCAAUACAGUAAUUUUUAAACAAUAGUUGAGUUAAAUAAAACUAAACAUUUAACCCAAUCACUGGGUUUGUCCAUUUUCAACCCAACUUGGGUUGUUUUUAACACAGCAUUUUACAUUCUAUUCUCUCUGUAUAAACACGCUUGUGUUUUCAAAUGUCACCGUAUGUAAACUAGCCUGUACAUAUUUCAAGUCGAAACACAGAAAACAGUAACUCACAGCUUUUAUUACGCUUUCCUUCAGUGCUGUACAGUCCUGUAAAAGGAACACAACACACUUCAGUAUGUGAUAUGAAACCCAAAUUGGUAUAUGAAACUCUUUUGAUUUAUUUAGACUUCACAACCCAACUGCAUAUACCAUUGCAAUCUUAUUCAUUAUGCCAUGAGAAAAAAGAACUGCUGUGAUUUUCUUUUAAUAGUCAUUUUGGAUGCAGCAAGCAAUGCUAAAUGAAUGGAGACAUAUUAGAUUGGAGGUUCAAAAUGGAUCACAAAACAACUGCCGCUUUUUAUGGACUGUAAAAAAAAAAAAAAAAAAAAAAAAAAAAAAAAAUCCUGUCAUAAUCAGAUACAAUUUUCCAAUGUUUCGAGAAAAAAAAAAAAAUGUAAUGUUUUGGAAUGUAAUUAUGUGUUUACAAUGUAUGUAGUGUAAACUCUGCUCCUCCUACUGUACACAACACGACCCUUACGACUACAAGCUAAAUCCAUCACUAAAAUUUCAUCAUUGGGUUUUUAUUUUGCUUUCAAAGUGGAGAAAGUGCCUGAGUCCAGCAUUCAUUCCUGAAUGAUUAGAAAGAUAAAGAAAUUUGGGUGAGGUUUUUCAAAGUUAUACUGUUCA